AUGUAUAUAUACGAACAACCAGAUUUGAUACCGCCUUAUAAUAGAACUCAUAAAAAAUCAAAUACAUUCAAUGAAAUAUUACUAAUAUCUUUUAUAACUAGUAUUAGUAUAAUUGGAAUUUUAUUAAUAUCAGGAUUAAUAUUUUAUUUUAUAAGAAGAAACAGAAGUAUAUCAGAAGAUGAAUUAAGAAGAGAAGAAGAAAAUCAAGCAUAUUUAGAAUUAAAUAGUGAUGAACAAGAAUUAUAUUUUCAAUCAAAAGAUUAUUUAAAAAAUAAUCCUUAUAUAUGUGGUGAACCAACAUUAAGUCAAAAUCUACUGAUUCAAGAAAAGGGAAUAAAUGCAUUUGAAUUUCAAAAAGAUUUAAUGUUAACAAAUAAUGAUUUAUUAAUUUUAAAUAAAACUGAAUUAAAUUUUUUUAAAAAAUUUGAAUGUUGUUCACAAACUAAUUUACCAAUACCUUUAAAAAAUGAAGUUUAUUAUUUUGAAAGUAAAAUUUAUUCAUUACCAAAUCCAGAAGAAACUAUAAUAUCAAUAGGAUUAGCUAUAAAGCCUUAUCCAUGGUUUAGAUUACCUGGACGUCAUUUACAUUCAAUAAGUUAUGAUUCAAAUGGUUAUAGAAGAUAUAAUCAACCUUUCAAAUUUAAUAUUGAUCCUCCCUUUCCCAAAUUAUCUGAAGGAGAUGUUGUUGGUGUAGGUUAUAGAACAAGAUCAGGUACAAUCUUUUUCACAAGAAAUGGGAAAAAAAUAAGUGAAUCAAAAAUUGGUGGUCACAUCAAGAAUUUUAAAUUUUUAACAAAAGCUCAAAUUUUUCCAACUAUUGGAGCAAAUAAUAUUUGUUCAGUUCAUGUAAAUUUAGGUCAAAGAGGUUAUGUUUUUAUAGAAGGUAAUGUUAAAAAUUGGGGAUUUGCACCAAUUGAAGGAACUGGUCCUUCACCACCAGCUUAUAAUAAAUUUAAUGCAGAUAUAUUGCUUGAAAGAAGUGAAAUUGGAGAUGAUGAUGGUGACGGUGAUGGAUUUCAAGAUCGUAUAAAUGAUUUUCCACCUGAUUUUUUUACUACUUUUAAAAAUGAAUCAACGGAAAAUGAAAAUAAAUUAAAACAACAAGUUGAAAGAGAAAGAGAAGGUGGUGAACAACAAGAUAGGUUUAGUUAUAAUGCUUAUUCUGAAGUAAAUUCAACAGAUGAACGAAUAACGUUGAAUAGUUUAAUACCUCCAAAUAGACCACCAUCUUAUGAAGAUGAACAUGAAAUAUCUGAGGAAAUAAAUCACAAUGAAUUUGAACAAGUGUCUACUCAAGAUGAAGAAAGUCAAGAUACUAUAGUUCAACAAAUUGAAGAAGAAGAAGAAACACGACAAGAAUCGAAUGAAGAACAACGACUAGAAGAAGUUGAGGAACAGGAUGAAAAUGGGAUACAGGAGGAAGCAAUAGAGCAUAAUGGACCAGAAGUUGUGCAAGAAGUACAACAACAAGAAGAAGAAACCACAGGUAACCAAGGAUAA